CACGACAUGGAAAUAAAGUGAGAGGUUUCCUUUUAAGUAUCCUCGCAGCUUCCAUUCGAAGGGACAACGGUUGACUGCAGGUCGGGAUCGCCAAAGACUGAAACAGAGGCGAAAAGAGGUGUUGUGUUAGGACCGCAGGAGAAAGAUUUAGGGGAAGUUUUCAGAGGAAAUUGGACAUUACCGGGCGGUAGCGAGCGGACGAGGUCUGUGUGUUCGCACAGGGAGAAAGUGGGAGAGACGGCUCUUUUGGGCGGCUUUUAAUGAAAUACAGCAGCUGUCGGACACACGUCUGCCACCCCUACCCACCCCGAGUUAGAUGCGUUUGACUUUAAGAUGCGGAGCGACCCCAUACUGUUCGCCUCGAGGGCGAUGGAAGAGUUGUUGGCAGAAUUGCGAGUCUUUCUGGAGCUGUUGGACAGAGAGUAUUUAACCGCAGGUGUGAGGGAGAAGAAACAACAAAUUUUAAACAUCCUUCACAGAGUUCUUGCCACUAAAGAACCCUCCUGUAAGACAGAGAUACACACUUCUCUCCCAGCUCCUCCUCAGAUGCCUCUGCCAGAUAUUCCUCACCCCUGGAUGCCUCCAGACAAUGGGCCUCCUCCUUUGCCAAGCUCCUCUCUUCCUGAAGGUUAUUAUGAGGAAGCUGUACCGCUGAGCCCUGGGAAAGCCCCAGAGUACAUCACCUCAAAUUACGACUCUGAUGCCAUGAGCAGUUCGUAUGAGUCAUAUGAUGAGGAAGAGGAGGAUGGGAAGGGACAGAAGAUGCGUCACCAGUGGCCAUCUGAGGAGGCCUCCAUGGACCUGGUGAAGGAUGCGCGUAUCUGUGCCUUCUUGUUGCGAAAGAAACGUUUUGGACAGUGGACCAAACUGCUCUGUGUCAUAAAGGACAACAAACUGUUGUGCUAUAAGUCCUCUAAAGACCAGACUCCGCAGAUGGAGCUCCUUCUGUCUGGUUGCAGUAUCACUCACAUUCCCAAAGAUGGCAAGAAGAAGAAGCACGAACUGAAGAUUGUCCAUCAGGGUGCUGAUGCUCUGGUGCUGGCCGUCCAGAGCAAAGAACAGGCUGAAGAGUGGCUUAAGGUGAUGAGGGAAGUUUGCACAAAUGGAAAUGGAGCAGUGGACUGUGACGUAGUUGGCUCUGGAUCCCCUGUUCACAAAGCAGAGCUGGAAAAGAAGCUGUCCUGUGAUAGACCCAGUUCAGAUGGAGAGCCCUGCCAUGAAAAUGGCUACUCAGAUGGCAAGGAUCCAGCCAAAGUCAAGAAGAACUCUAAAUCAGAGCAGAAAGGCACAGUGGGACGUGUGACUGGAAAGAAAAUCACCAAAAUCAUCAGUCUGGGAAAGAAGAAGCCAUCCACUGAUGAACAGACCUCAUCGGCGGAGGAGGAUGUCCCAACAUGUGGCUAUCUGAAUGUGCUGUCCAAUAACCGCUGGAGAGAGCGCUGGUGCCAACUGAAAGACAACCAGCUGUUACUGCACAAGGACCGGGCAGAUCUAAAGACACACAUGGCCUCUCUGCCGCUGCGGGGCUGUGAGGUCAUUCCAGGGCUGAACUCCAAACAUCCCUUUGCCUUUCGUCUGCUGCGCAACGGACAGGAGGUGGCCGUUCUUGAGACCUCCUCCUCUGAGAGUAUGGGGAGAUGGUUGGGGGUCUUGCUGGCAGAAUCAGGGUCCACAACAGAUCCUGCUGCGCUGCACUAUGAUUACAUUGACGUGGAGACCACUGCUAAUGUCAUUCAGCUGGCCAAGCAGUCAUUUUGUUUCACUAGCAAGCGUGCAGUUUCUCCAAACCCAUACAUGGAUAACCCAGUCAAUGGUUACGCCUGCCCCACAGGGGUUGCUCUGCAUUAUGAUGAUGUACCCUGCAUCAAUGGAAUGGCACCAGUUAUGCAGUACUCAUCAGGGGACAGCCGUUGGAAAGAGGACACUCACUAUGAGAAUACAGAUCUUUAUGAAAACAUGCCCUCCCCCAAACUAGCAGCCCGCUACUCUCCCAAAUCGAGUAGCCUGACAGAGCAUUACAACACACCGAUCUCCAGCAAAUCUCUCUCCUCUUCCUCUUCUUCCUCAGCUGCUAAUACUAACACUACUCAGCUGAAGGGAAAGAGAGCCCUGACCAGCAAUGGGAUCACUGCUAAGCAGAAGCUGGACAAGAACCAGCCCAAAAAGGCAAAUGGAACAAGCGGCACUCUGAUAGUGAAACGCAACAAUUCUAGUGUGGAUCAGUAUAAGUAUGGGAAAAACAGAGUGGAGGCAGAUGCUAAGAAACUCCAAGGGAAAGAGGAGGACAUGAUGAAGAGGAAGCAGGAAAUUCGAAACCGCCUGACCCAGCUGAAAAAAGACAGGAAGGACCUACGCACUGCUAUAGAGAACAACACAGGUAAGCGUUCACAGGCAUCUCUGACAGACAGACUGAAGAAAGUGGAGGAAGAAUGUAAACUAAAAGAGGAGGAGCGAGUAAAUCUGGAGCUGGAGCUGACGGAGGUGAAGGAAAGUCUGAAGAAAGCCCUGAAUGGAGGUGUCACCCUGGGCUUGACCAUUGAACCCAAAACGGGCAGCUCCAGCCCACAGUCUCCAGUUUUAAUGAGGCGAACUGUGGACAACUCGCCAAUCUCCAGCUGUGACACCAGUGAUACAGAGACCUGCUCUCUGCCAGUAAACAGCGCGUCUCUGCUGCGCCGGCAGACACAACAGAAAGCCUCUACUGUGCGAGGACACGUCCUCAGGAAAGCCAAGGAAUGGGAGAUGAAAUCUGGCACAUAAAUCCCUUUUCACCUUUCACUUUAAUUAUAUCUAUUUAUUUAAUUUUGUCCAUAUAGGAGGGAUGUUGAAAUUGAAUUAAAUAUAGACCAAUUUUCCAGGAUAGAAAUCAAUUCUGGAAGACAUUGACGGAGUCCGAUGCCCAAGUAACCAUCUAUUUUACCAUUAUCAUCCAAACAUUAUCAUUGGACCAUGAUUUUGAUCAGAGUUUUUAAUUUGUACAUUUACAUUUAUUGCUUUCAUUCCAAACGGAAAAACACAAGACAUUUUUCAUACGAAAGCCACAAUAUUGACAGUGCCACAAUGGACCAUUUUCACCGACUGUGUUGACGUGUUUCUACAGAGCCCCUAAGAGGACAGGGCGGGAACAUUUUUUUUUUUUAUAGUUUUGUGUUCUCUCACAAUAGUUUGUGAUGUUUUUAUGACAGUAACCAUAUUUUAACCAUGAUAUUCAUUGUGAAACCAUAGUAAUAAUACAGGAAAAACGAUGGUAAUAAAAAUAAUAGUUUUCUGGUUAAUAUGGUGUUACUGUAGAAAUAUCAUAGUUUAAUUAUGGUUACUGUAGUAAAACCAUGGCUUUACUAUAUGUAACCAUGAAAGUUUGAGGUUUUUUCCUGAAACAUGGUUUUACUAAUACUGUAGUAACCAUGAUUGUAGUAACUGUUUUUUUUUUGUUUUUUUUUUUGGGCAGAAGCUAUGGUUUUUG